GUGGCCACUCCUUGGCGCAACGAGGCUGCAAAUCCCGGCGACUGUGAUUUAUGUUUUGGAGAUUUUCACCAUUGCUCUCAGUGAGAAAAGAGUUUCUUAAAACAAGAGACCGCUCUCUUCUCAUCAUUGAAGACCCUUGUUGUUGUUUGGUGACUCUCCGCGGUCUUUGCUGCUGCUCAUUUUCUUUCCAGCCGACUCGACACAAAAUGUACUCCAUCCGACGGCCGGUGUUUCUGGCUCCUCCCGGCCUCUUGUCAUUGGGAUAAUUUCCAUCGAAGGCUUUGCAGCGGUAGUUACAUUGAAAUACUUUAUUCGCCGUUCAUGUACGGCUCGUUGGAAAGAGUGGUUAUUUGAAGCAGCUUUGGAUCUAAGUUGUGGUGUAAAGGAGCUGUCACUAGUGGCAAUGCAUUGAGCCGAGCCCAUGUGUAAUCUAUUGUUGUUGGUAUUGUGAUGCUGCUGCCGGAGAGAGGAGGGCGCCUUUGAACAAUAGAGGACAAAUGCAGAGACUUUUGGUCGAGCACAGCUUUCUCCAAAACACCACCACCUAACAGCAGCUGACAGCCAGCGCUGAAUAUGGAGCUCAGUGUGUAGAAGAAGUGGAUGUAAUUCUUUUGUAUUUUCUGCAUUGGGCGAACGAUGAAUUCCGCAGAAGGGACAGACGAGUGCGUCAACGAUGGUGACAUCGCAGCAUUUUUCAAGACAGGACCUUUCAGAAAUGAUGGAUUAAAACUAUCUGAUGUAAUGCCAAUAAUGAAGGAAAAAGUUGCCUUUGUAUCAGGUGGACGUGAUAAAAGAGGUGGUCCAAUCCUAACUUUCCCAGCUCGCAGUAAUCAUGAUAGAAUAAAACAAGAAGACCUCCGACAGCUUGUUACUUAUUUAGCAAGUGUGCCAAGUGAAGAUGUGAGUAAGAGAGGAUUCACUGUUAUCAUCGAUAUGCGGGGUUCCAAGUGGGAUCUGAUCAAACCUUUACUUAAAACUCUCCAGGAGUCUUUCCCUGCUGAUAUCCAUGUUGCACUGAUUAUCAAGCCAGAUAACUUCUGGCAAAAGCAGAAGACCAACUUUGGAAGCUCAAAAUUUAUAUUUGAGACAAGUAUGGUAUCCGUGGAAGGACUUUCUAAGUUAGUGGAUCCUUCCCAACUGACUGAAGAGUUUGAUGGCACACUGGAGUAUAAUCAUGAUGAAUGGAUUGAGCUUCGACUGGCCCUGGAAGAGUUCAUUAGCAGUGCCGUGCAUCUGUUGUCCAGAUUAGAAGACCUGCAGGAAAUGUUGGCUCGGAAGGAGUUUCCCCUGGACGUUGAAGGUUCACGGAAAUUAAUUGAUGAGCAUACACAACUGAAGAAGAAGGUCAUCAAAGCCCCUGUGGAGGAACUGGACCAUGAGGGGCAAAGGUUGCUGCAAUGUAUAAGAUGCAGUGAUGGUUUUUCUGGAAAGAACUGUAUAUCUGGCAGUGCAGACUUUCAAAGCGUUGUGCCAAAGAUCACCAGUCUGUUGGAUAAGCUACACUCAACUAGACAGCACUUACAUCAGAUGUGGCAUGUUAGGAAACUGAAGUUAGAUCAAUGCUUCCAACUUCGGCUCUUUGAGCAAGAUGCAGAAAAGAUGUUUGAUUGGAUUAGCCACAACAAGCAGUUAUUCCUCCAAAGUCACACAGAGAUUGGAGUGAGUUACCAGCAUACUGUGGAUCUACAGACUCAGCAUAACCAUUUUGCUAUGAACUCAAUGAACGCAUAUGUCAACAUCAAUAGAAUCAUGUCUGUUGCAUCCAGGCUUUCUGAGGCUGGUCAUUAUGCAUCUCAGCAGAUCAAGCAGAUAUCUGCUCAACUUGAUCAAGAAUGGAAGAGCUUUGCAGCUGCUCUGGAUGAGCGUAGCACAAUCUUGGCGAUGUCUGCUGUAUUUCACCAGAAGGCUGAACAGUAUUUAUCAAGUGUUGACAUCUGGUGCAAAACCUGUGCUGAAGGAGGACUUCCAUCUGAAAUGCAAGAUUUGGAGAUUGCCAUUCAUCACCAUCAAACUCUGUAUGAGCAGAUCACACAGGCAUAUGCGGAGGUGAGUCAGGAUGGCAAAGCUCUUCUAGAUGUACUGCAGCGACCUUUAAGUCCAGGAAAUUCUGACUCCCUCACUGCAACUGCAAACUACUCUAAAGCAGUUCAUCGGGUCUUGGAUAUUGUGCAUGAAGUGUUGCAUCACCAGCGAAGGCUUGAAAGCAUCUGGCAACACCGCAAAGUCCGACUGCAUCAACGGCUUCAACUGUGUGUAUUCCAGCAAGAUGUUCAACAGGUUUUGGAUUGGAUUGAAAAUCAUGGAGAAGCAUUUCUAAGUAAGCACACUGGGGUUGGAAAGUCACUUCAUAGAGCACGUGCUCUCCAGAAGAGGCAUGAUGAUUUUGAAGAAGUAGCCCAGAACACAUACACUAAUGCUGAUAAAUUGCUGGAGGCAGCCGAACAGCUCGCUCAGACUGGAGAAUGUGAUCCUGAAGAAAUCUAUAAAGCUGCACGGCAUUUAGAAGUCCGGAUUCAGGAUUUUGUUCGAAGGGUGGAGCACAGGAAACUUCUGCUGGAUAUGUCAGUGUCAUUUCAUACCCACACAAAAGAGCUGUGGGCGUGGAUGGAGGAACUCCAAAAGGAGCUACUGGAAGAUGUCUGUGCUGACUCAGUGGAUGCAGUACAGGAACUUAUCAAACAAUUUCAGCAGCAGCAAACAGCAACACUUGAAGCAACCCUGAAUGUCAUAAAGGAAGGGGAGGACCUAAUUCAGCAACUCAGGGACUCUGCAAUCUCCAACAAUAAAACCCCACACAAUAGCUCCAUCAGCCACAUUGAGAGCGUUCUCCAGCAGCUUGAUGAAGCCCAGGGACAGAUGGAAGAGCUUUUCCACGAGCGAAAAAUCAAGUUAGAUAUUUUCUUACAACUUCGGAUAUUUGAGCAAUAUACGAUUGAAGUAACAGGAGAGUUAGAUGCCUGGAAUGAAGAUCUUAUCCGGCAAAUGAAUGACUUUAAUACAGAAGACCUAACUUUAGCUGAACAGCGGCUGCAACGACACACAGAACGGAAGUUGGCCAUGAACAACAUGACAUUUGAUGUAAUUCAGCAGGGCCAAGAUUUACAUCAAUACAUUAUGGAAGUGCAAGCAUCAGGAAUUGAACUCACGUGUGAUAAAGAUAUGGACUUAGGAACACAAGUCCAGGAGCUGCUGGAUUUUCUUCAUGAAAAGCAGCAAGAGCUUGAGCUGAAUGCAGAUCAGACCCAGAAGCGCCUGGAGCAAUGCUUACAGCUCCGUCAUCUGCAAGCAGAAGUUAAGCAAGUAUUAGGCUGGAUACGAAAUGGGGAAUCCAUGCUCAAUGCUAGCCUUGUUAAUGCUAGCUCACUUUCAGAAGCAGAACAGCUUCAACGAGAACAUGAGCAAUUUCAGCUUGCCAUAGAGUCCCUCUUUCAUGCCACUUCUUUGCAGAAAACCCACCAAAGUGCUCUUCAGGUGCAGCAGAAGGCUGAGACCAUGCUGCAGGCUGGCCAUUAUGACUCGGAUGCCAUCAGAGAGUGUGCCGAGAAAGUAGCCCUUCACUGGCAACAGCUAAUGUUGAAGAUGGAAGACAGACUGAAACUCGUCAAUGCAUCUGUGGCUUUCUAUAAGACAUCUGAACAGGUGUGCAGUGUUCUUGAGAGUCUGGAACAAGAGUACCGGAGAGAUGAGGACUGGUGUAGAGGCCAAGAUAAAUUGGGACCAAAUGCUGAAACCGACCAUGUCACACCACUAAUAAGCAAACAUCUGGAGCAGAAAGAAGCCUUUCUUAAGGCUUGCACUCUUGCGCGCAGGAAUGCUGAGGUGUUUCUGAAGUACAUUCACAGAAACAAUGUGAGUAUGCCUGGAGUGGCUGCUCACACGAGAGGCCCUGAGCAACAAGUAAAAGCUAUUCUAAGUGAGCUACUGCAGAGAGAGAACAGAGUCCUUCACUUCUGGACAAUGAAAAAGAGGCGGUUAGAUCAGUGCCAGCAAUAUGUGGUGUUUGAAAGAAGUGCCAAACAGGCUUUGGACUGGAUCCAAGAAACAGGCGAAUAUUACCUUUCCACCCACACCUCUGCUGGGGAAACUACUGAAGAAACUCAGGAUCUUAUGAAAGAAUAUAGUGAAUUCAGGAUUUCUGCCAAGCAAACCAAGGAGAAGGUGAAGCUCAUCAUUCAGCUCGCUGAUAGUUUUGUGGAGAAGGGACAUGCUCAUGCCUGUGAAAUUAAGAAAUGGGUCACAGCUGUGGAUAAGCGCUAUCGAGAUUUCUCACUAAGAAUGGGAAAAUACAGAUCCUUUUUGGAAAAGGGCCUUGGAAUUACUUCAGAGGACAAUAAAGAUCUAGAACUAGAUAUCAUUCCAGCAAGUCUCACUGACCCUGAGGUUAAACUUAGAGAUGCUAACCAUGAAGCCAAUGAAGAGAAAAGAAAAUCUGCAAGAAAGAAAGAGUUUAUAAUGGCUGAGCUCUUGCAGACUGAAAAAGCAUAUGUUAGAGAUUUACAUGAGUGUCUUGAGAGCUAUUUUUGGGAAAUGACCAGUGGAGUGGAAGAAAUCCCACCUGGUAUUAUUAAUAAGGAACAUAUUAUAUUUGGAAAUAUUCAGGAGAUCUAUGACUUUCAUAACAAUACCUUUCUGAAAGAACUAGAGAAGUAUGAACAGUUGCCAGAAGACGUAGGCCACUGUUUUGUCACUUGGGCAGACAAAUUCCAAAUGUAUGUCACAUACUGCAAAAAUAAACCUGACUCCAGCCAGUUAAUUUUAGAGCAUGCAGGAGCAUUUUUUGAUGAAAUUCAACAAAGGCAUGGUCUGGCCAAUUCAAUUUCAUCCUACCUAAUUAAACCUGUUCAGAGAAUCACAAAGUACCAGCUCCUACUUAAGGAACUUUUAACCUGCUGCGAAGAGGGCAAAGGAGAAUUAAAAGAUGGUCUUGAAGUAAUGCUAAGUGUACCCAAGAAAGCUAAUGAUGCAAUGCACGUGAGCAUGCUGGAAGGAUUCGAUGAAAACUUUGAUGUUCAGGGUGAGCUCAUCCUUCAGGACACCUUCCAAGUGUGGGACCCCAAAUCACUCAUUCGGAAAGGACGGGAACGACACUUGUUUCUCUUUGAAUUAGCCUUGGUUUUCAGCAAAGAGAUCAAGGAUUCCUCAGGACAUAGCAAAUAUGUUUACAAACACAAGUUACUGACAUCAGAGUUGGGGGUAACAGAGCACGUAGAAGGUGAUCCCUGCAAAUUUGCUUUGUGGGUGGGUCGAACACCUUCCUCAGAUAACAAGACAGUCCUUAAGGCUUCCAACAUUGAAACAAAACAGGAUUGGAUUAAAAAUAUUCGGGAGGUAAUACAAGAAAGAACUAUCCACCUGAAAGGAGCUCUGAAAGAACCUAUCCAGUUACCCAAAACCCCAGCAAAACAAAGGAAUAAUAGCAAAAGGGAUAUGGGAGAAGAUGGAGAUAGUCAGGGAGAUGGUAGCAGUCAGCCAGAUACUAUUUCUAUUGCAUCGAGGACCUCGCAGAAUACCAUGGACAGUGAUAAGCUUUCUGGAGGUUGUGAAUUAACUGUGGUGCUACAAGACUUCAUUGCAAACAACAGCAGUGAACUCAAUAUCCAAACAGGGCAGACUGUUGAGCUAUUGGAGAGACCAAGUGAAAGGCCAGGCUGGUGCUUAGUACGUACAACAGAUAGAAGCCCUCCAUUGGAAGGUUUGGUUCCGAGCAGCACACUCUGCAUUUCCCAUUCCCGCAGCAGUGUAGAGAUGGAGUGUUUCUUCCCAUCUGGAAAAGAUGCCUAUUCACCGAAUGACAAUGGAACUAAAUCUGAAUCUGUUUCAAGCCUUCAACCUCAGCCUUCGUUAAGUUCCAUGCAGAAUUCCCCAGGACCCAAACGUUCUGGAAACACAUUGAAGAAAUGGUUGACUAGUCCUGUUCGUAGACUCAGCAGUGGCAAGGCUGAUAACAGGAAAAUUGUCAAACAGAAAAGAGGCCGGAAUGGCAAACCUGGCAUAGAUCCAGCAUCACCCAAAACAGGGGAGAAUGAAAACGCACCUCAGGAAGAUAGUGCGGAUGAGAAAGGAAGGAAGGAUGAACCACCCAGCGGCACUUUAUCUAAGUCUUCAUCUGGAAUGCAGAGUGGAGGAGAAGAUGAGCCAGAUGAUGAGUCCCAUACCCCUCUUCCUCCACCAAUGAAAAUCAUUGACAAUGAUCCUUCACCAGAGGAUUGUUCUCUGGAACCAGGCUGCUCCUAUCGAAGUAACUUGAAAGAUCCCCUUAGCCCUGAGUCAAUGAAUUCUUUGACGUCACCUGGAGAUCUUGCGGAAGAAAAGCGGGCCAAGGCACUUAAAGGACGAACGUAUGUCCUAAAUGAGCUGGUUCAAACAGAGAAGGACUAUGUAAAAGAUUUAGGAAUCGUAGUAGAGGGUUUCAUGAAAAAAAUAGAAGAGAAAGGUGUCCUUGAUGACAUGAAAGGAAAAGAGAAGAUAGUUUUUGGAAACAUUCACCAGAUUUAUGACUGGCACAGUAGUUAUUUCCUGGGAGAACUGGAAAAAUGCCUUCAGGAACCUGAGCGUUUGGCAGAGCUCUUCAUCAAGCAUGAGAGACGCUUAGGCAUGUAUGUGGUAUACUGCCAAAACAAGCCAAAAUCUGAGUACAUUGUGGCAGAGUAUGAUUCUUUCUUUGAGGAAAUAAAACAGGAGUUGGGUCAGAGGCUUAGCCUAAGUGACUUUCUUAUUAAGCCAAUACAGAGGAUAACAAAGUAUCAACUUCUUAUCAAGGACUUCCUAAAAUACAGUGAAAAGGCUGGACAUGAAUGUUCAGAGAUCGAGAAAGCUGUUGAUGUGAUGUAUUUGGUGCCAAAACGCUGCAAUGAUAUGAUGAAUUUGGGAAGACUUGAGGAUUUUGAGGGAAAAAUCACAGCACAAGGAAAAUUACUACAGCAGGAUACAUUCUAUGUGACAGAACAAGAUUCCGGAGUUCUCUCCCGAAGUAAGGAACGAAGAGUCUUUCUCUUCGAACAGAUUGUAAUCUUCAGUGAGCUACUGAAUAAGGGUUCUUCAACACCAAGGUAUCAGUUCAAGAAGAGCAUUAAGAUGAGUUACCUUAAUAUUGAGGAGAAUGUAGACAAUGAACUCUGCAAGUUUGCUCUAAUAUCCCGUGGAACUUCUGAGCGAUUCAUCCUGCAGGCACCAAGCAUUGAAGUCUGGCAAGCUUGGAUUCAGGAUAUCAAUCAAGUUCUUGACGCCCAGCGAAAUUUCUUAAAUGCACUACAAUCACCAAUCGAGUAUAUGAAAAGAGAAAGUGGCCCACAGCCCUUAGGGAAAACACAAGCAAGCAGGAUACCCCAGCCCAAUAUCAGAGCACUCUCCUCUUCUCAGGCUGGGUCCGAAAAGCCUCUGAAAUCAUCGGUUCACAAUCCAUCACUACCCCCGUUAAAGCUAUCUACCUCCAAUGGAACUACAAGUUUUGAUGACGAUCAGCAUUAUGGAGACUAUGAGCAAAUCAAGAAUAACACUGCUGGAUGCAAUGGGACCUCUACCAUGUUGGUUACCCAAGAUUAUGCUGCAGUGAAGGAAAAUGAGAUCUGCGUGUUUCAGGGCGAGGUGGUUCAGGUUCUUGCCAUUAACCAGCAAAACAUGUUCCUGGUGUACCGGCCUGCAAAUGAACACUCCCCCGCUGCUGAAGGGUGGAUUCCAGGCUUUAUCCUGAGUUACACCAGUGACUACUCCACAGAGACUGACGAAGGAAGCAUCAAGAAGUCAUGUUCUUGGCAUACAUCACUGCAUUUGAGAAAACGAGGAGAAAAGGAGAACAGUGGGAAAAAUGAAGGGAGGUUUGAAAAUGAUGCUCGUAAAUCCAAGGAUAUUCUGACCAACAAGGCCUCUGUUAAUGUGAGUAAGUCGACAUUUAGGAGCUGCAAUUCACACUGUUAUAAGGUCCUGACACAAGGCAUUGUUCCUGUGGGGUUGUUCACAGAUUACCUGCUACAUUUUUAUUCCAGAAGAAUCAAAAUAGUUAGUGCAUUUAAGCUAAAUGAAACACUUUUAUUUUCUAGAGUAGCGAAGUAGGUGAUUUUGUCUCUAAGUUAAAGAUUUUCCUGGUGCAAUUGGUGAAAUUAAUACCAUUCAUUAUUCACUGUUACGGAGCUUGUUCUGGCCAAACUACCACUAAACAAAAUUAACAUUACAGUUUCAGUGUGAAAUAUGUGUCAAACUCUAGAUCUGAUUCACUAGACUAAAACUGAUUAGAGUAAAUACAAUCCUUGUUGCUUGACCUUCAAACAACAGGCUACUUCAGCAGCCUAUCAUUAACACUUACCUUUGGAACUAACAUCAGAAACAGAAACAUCACUGUUGGCAGUAAUAAUGCUGAUGAUUUGUUACCACUAAAAGACACCUCUGUUUAUCACACAGAUUGUGGGUGUGUCUGGAGUUCUGAGAACACAGUGUAUCUUAUGCUUUC